GUUAUUUAUAGUUGUACGUUGUGACAUGUGAAGUCCAUGAAACCGAUAAUUUUGUUGCUUUCGAUUUUUUCUCAAAGGUAACAGAGUGAUUGAUUCUUGAAGCUCAGAAAGCUAUGGCGGAUGAAGUGAGGAACGGGAAUGGCAGCGCUUGUUGCCGCCAUGGACCGGGCUACGCUACUCCUCUCCAAGCUAUGUCCGGCCCCAGAGAGACUCUGAUUUACGUCACCGCCGUUUACUCCGGGACUGGGAGAAACAAGCCCGAUUAUCUGGCUACAGUGGAUGUUGAUCCUAAUUCUCCUAAUUAUUCUAAAGUUACCCAUCGAUUGUCUUUGCCGUAUAUUGGGGAUGAAUUACAUCAUUCUGGGUGGAAUUCAUGUAGCUCUUGCCAUGGAGAUCCUUCUGCAGAUCGCCGUUUUUUGAUCCUUCCGUCGCUUUUGUCAGGCCGAAUAUAUGUGAUCGACACGAAAUCAAAUCCCACUGCUCCAUCUUUGCACAAGGUUGUUGAACCUGAAGACAUCAUACAGAAAACUGGAUUAGCUUUCCCACACACGUCUCAUUGCCUCGCUUCUGGAGAUAUAAUGGUGUCAUGCUUAGGAGAUAAAGAUGGAAAUGCAGAAGGAAAUGGGUUCCUUCUUCUCGAUUCAGAAUUUAAUGUCAAGGGAAGGUGGGAAAAACCAGGGAAUAGUCCCCUGUUUGGAUAUGACUUUUGGUACCAACCACGGCACAAGACAAUGAUUAGCUCAUCAUGGGGUGCCCCAUCUGCUUUCGUAAAAGGUUUCAACCUUCAACACGUUGCCGAUGGUCUCUACGGGAAGCAUCUUCAUGUGUAUAGUUGGCCUGAUGGUGAAUUGAAACAAACAUUGGAUCUUGGAGACACCGGUCUUCUACCCUUGGAAACACGAUUCCUCCACGAUCCUUCCAAAGAUACAGGUUAUGUUGGUUGUGCAUUAACAAGUAACAUGGUGCGUUUUUACAAGAAUCAAGAUGAUACAUGGAGUCACGAGGUUUCCAUUUCAGUGAAACCAUUGAAGGUUCAAAAUUGGAUACUUCCUGAAAUGCCUGGUCUCAUUACUGAUUUUCUGAUCUCGCUCGAUGAUCGAUUUCUGUACUUUGUGAACUGGCUACAUGGAGAUGUGAGACAGUAUGACAUUGAGGACCCUAAAAGUCCUAAGUUAGUGGGUCAAGUGUGGGUUGGUGGACUGAUCCAAAAGGGCAGUCCUGUGGUAGCUGAGGCAGAAGAUGGUACAACAUUUCAGUUUGAUGUCCCUGAAAUCCAGGGACAACGUUUGAGAGGGGGACCUCAAAUGAUACAGUUAAGUUUGGAUGGGAAACGUCUUUAUGUGACGAAUUCCCUUUUCAGCACUUGGGAUCGUCAGUUUUAUCCUGAGUUGGUUGAGAAAGGUUCUCAUAUGCUGCAGAUUGAUGUUGAUACACACAAAGGUGGGCUCACUGUUAACCCGAAUUUCUUUGUGGACUUUGCAACCGAGCCCGAUGGUCCUUCCUUGGCCCACGAGAUGAGGUAUCCUGGAGGUGAUUGCACUUCAGAUAUAUGGAUUUAGCUUUAAAGCAUGUAUGUUUAUGAAAUUUCUCAAGAGAACAACUAAACUUUGAGCAUGAAGCAUGAAGAUUUAUGCUCCUUCAAUUCAGUGUUUCAUACUGUAUGUUUCUGUUGCUGUGUUUAUAAUAAUGAAAUUAAUAAAAUGUUGAUGAUGGAAGUAGGUACGGUUUUACAUA